AUGGAUUUUCCCGGCCCUUCUUCGGAGUCGCAAGAAAUACAAGGGGACAACCCGGAAGACCCCCUCCCACCCCACCACGUCAUUAUCAAUAUCCCUGAAUCUAAUGGGAGCAUGGUGUACAUAGUGAGGGAGAAAAUGCAAGGGGACGUGCCGGUAGCUGUUUCCCUCGGCCCAUACCACCACAGGCGGGAUGAUCUAUUGGAGCUGGUGGAGCCAUUCAAGGACGAGCUACGAAAUAUGCUUUGCGAAAGCCCUGAACGAAUAACCAUCCUUCAGAGAGAAAUCAGUGAGAGGAUGAACGAAUUCUACACCGAACCAUGUGGCCACAGUGGCGAGGAUUUGGCAAAUAUGUUGUUACGCGACGCUUGCUUCCUCAUAUGCUUCAUGCGUGGAUUUGGUGAGGAUGGGGUACAAACUUACAUCGAUAUGUGUGAGCACAUGGGAACGUCCGCUAUGUUGUCCGUAUCAUCUGAUACGUGUAUGCUGGCGAAUCAAAUUCCGUUAUGGCUCAUCUCCUUAAUAUACCCUGUUCAACACCAAUCAUUGUUGUGCGAGUACUUGAGCUACCGUGUUUAUGGGGAUUACAGGAUGAGACAACUCCCAUGGGCAGGAGAAGAGCCUCGUCACCUACUCGAAGCUUUGCACCGCACCUUCCUUCGCCGCGUCGUUGAGACCCAACCAAAUCCAGAUAAUCAACCGAGGGAAAUCACAAGAAGUGCGUGGUCACAGAUGGACAGUCUUUUUCGGUCGGUGACAGAUCUGAAAGCAAAGGGUAUUUAUCUCCAGCCGAGUUCAAAUUGUUUGACGGACAUCAGCUUUACCUCCUACGGCUUGUUUGCUAAACUACGCCUUCCUAUCUUCUGCGUCAACGAAGAAAGUAAAGUUUUAUUCUCCAAUCUUAUUGUAUUUGAGAUGUCGGCGGGCGUACAAACAGACUAUGGCGUGUCAUCUUACAUCAAUUUCAUGAAAACGCUGAUCAACAAUGCUAAUGAUGUAAAGGUGAUGCGGGAGAGAGGCAUACUGUGGAGCACGUUGGAGAACGAUGAAGAGGUGCUUCAUAUAUUUAAAAGCAUCAGUACUUAUGGAUUCUCAAGCACUGGUCUUGAUCAUUUUAAUGAGGUGAAGAUGAGGAUUGAUGUGUACUGCAACAAUAAAGCCAGAAUCUGGAUGGCCGAACUCUUCAAUACCUAUUUUCAGAGCCCGUGGUCUGCGAUAGCUCUUUUUGCCGCCGCUUUUCUGCUUUGCCUCACUAUCCUACAAACUUACUACACAAUCCAUCCGUCCACGCAACCAAACAAUUCCAUUUGA